AUACCAAAGAGGAUGGAGGCAUUAUGACCUUGGAACUCCGUAGAGUCUAACACCAUGGUAUUGGGGCUCGUUGCUGCUGUCCGACCAUUUAUGAAGUGGAUUGCUCCUCACAGGAAAGCUGUUCUUGAUAGUAGCUGUUGCUCUCCAGGAUCAUUGCUGUACCUCAUGGGAACUGUGGUUUGCAGGAGGUUAUGCAGUUGGACUGCAGCUCCAUCAUCAUCAAGGAUAAAACAAAAAACAGUUUUUGCUCGAGCUCCAGCUUUUGGGGAUAAAGUAGCUGUUGUAGACAGCAGUGGCAGCCACAGCUACAAGCAGCUGUAUUACAGUAGUUUAGGUCUGGCAGGUAAAAUCAGUUCUGCUGUAACCUCAGAGAUUGGGGGUUUGGAAGGAAAACGAAUCUCCUUCCUGUGUGGUAAUGAUGCUUCUUAUACAGUGGCACAGUGGGCAGCUUGGAUGAGUGGGGGGACAGCAGUACCAUUAUACCACAAACACCCAGUGUCUGAACUGGAGUACAUCAUCUCUGACUCUCAGACUUCAUUGCUGGUGGCCGGGUAUCCAUAUGCUCAAACCUUGGAACCCUUGGCACAAAAGUUUGGUUGUCCAUGCAUAACGCUGCCCCCUACUUCCAAGUUGGGCACAUUACAAGGGACAGAAGACCAAGAGAGGGAAAUAACUGUCAAAGACUGGGCUGAGCGACCAGCAAUGAUUUUGUAUUCCAGUGGCACCACAGGAAGACCUAAGGGAGUUGUCCACACACACAGAAGUAUCCAGGCCAUGGUCCAGUCUCUAGUGUCGGAGUGGGCUUGGUCUGGAGAUGAUGUCAUCCUCCACACCUUGCCACUCCACCAUGUGCAUGGCAUCAUUAACAAACUUCUCUGCCCACUGUGGGUGGGUGCGACCUGCAUCAUGGUGCCUCAGUUUGAGCCUCAAAAGAUAUGGGAGAUGCUAUUGAGCUCCAACACUCCUAUGGUUAAUGUUUUUAUGGCCGUGCCAACAAUCUACUCGAAGCUGAUCCAGCACUAUGAUCAGCACUUCACAGGGCUGCAUGUCAAGGACUUCAUCAGAGCGGUCUGCAAAGAGAGGAUAAGAUUGAUGGUUUCAGGCUCAGCUGCUCUUCCACUGCCCACUCUGCAGCGCUGGAAGGAGAUUACAGGGCACACACUGCUGGAACGCUACGGGAUGACUGAGAUUGGCAUGGCGCUGUCCAACCCGCUCAAGGGCCCACGUGUCCCAGGUGCUGUGGGGUUGCCACUUCCUGGUGUUAAAGUCCGUAUUGUCAUGAAUAAUGCUGCCAGCACUGUGAUUGCAGAGGGCAACCACAGGGAGACAAAGGUGCAUCCAGGACUAGAGGGGAAGGAGGGAGAGCUGCUGGUUCAAGGUCCCUCUGUCUGUAAGGAAUAUUGGAACAAACCUCAGGAAACAAGAGAGGCUUUCACUGCCGACGGGUGGUUCAAAACAGGAGACACAGCAGUGUACAAAAAUGGUGUAUAUUGGAUCUUGGGGCGCAGCAGUAUUGACAUCAUCAAGAGUGGCGGCUACAAGAUCAGCGCACUCGAGGUGGAGCGCCACCUGAUGGCUCAUCCAGACAUUGAAGGUGAGCGCUGCUGUGCUGUAAAGGUGAUAGUAGAAAGGGGAAGGGGGUUAUACACUUUCCCUUAUUUUUUCCACAAGUAUCUGGGCUGUUUUUGCAGGGACCACAUGGCGCCGUACUGCAUUCCCACAGGCCUGGUGCUGGUGGACAAGAUGCCGAGGAAUCACAUGGGCAAAGUCAACAAAAAAGACCUCCUGCAACGGUUCUACUCAUGACUCCACCAUUUUGCACUAUAUGGCACCAGUUCCAGUUAAGAUGUUAGAGAAUAUUAGCAUUUUAUCACUUCACUGGCUGACCACAUGUUUUUCAAACUAGCCAUUACAGGGGAACACAAAAAUAAUGGAAACACACCUGAUGGGCCUCAUUUAAAUUCUAAGUAAGCUGAUCAUUGCUGCAAACAUUGAUAUCUAUCUGACAUCCAUCCCCUGAUCACUUUUUUGUUUCUUUCAUUGAGAUGUCGGUGUCGAGUCUUAUUUUGAACUACACCUAUAAAAGCUGUGAAAACUUGUACUUCUGAUCAGCUGAUCAAUCAUUUGAUCUGUGACACUUCACGCAUAGAGAAUGUUUGACUGGAUGCCUUUGAUCUUCACAGUUCAGGAUUGAGUAUAUAGAAGAUCAAAUAUGGCGCUAUCAAUGGUUCGUCUUUUUUAGGCUUCAUAAUGAAUGAAUGAAUGAAUGGAGCCUUUGUUAUCAUUGUACAUAUACAUACAUAAAUACAUACAAUGAAAUUUGUUCUCUACAUUUAAUCCAUUGUAGUUACAGUUAGACACAAUCCAACCAGUAGGAGCAGUGGGCAGCCACAGUCCAGCGCCCGGGGAAUCAAAGUUAACACCUGGCUGAGACCCUGCCACAGUAUGCUUCGCUAUCUGCCACAGCCAGGUGAAACGUAGGCAUUCCCUUGGCCUUUUCCAGCCACUCCUAAACCUAAGGCACCUAUAGGUGCUGAGUCAUGCACAGAGACGCACUCCAUAUUGAGCGUUCGAUGAGUGUGAAAAUGAUUUGAAGUACAUAUGCUAUAGCCUUAACAGUCACCAAAGCUCAACCCAGUUGGAUGCCAGGGGUACCAUUGUGUUCACGCUGUCCACCACCAUCAUUAAAACACAUAAUGAGGGACUUUAUGCACGUUUGAAUGUGAUGGUAUGUAAUAGCCCAACACCUGCGCCCUAUGUAUAAGUACAACACACGCAGAAGACAAACGUUUCAAGGUGAAAGGUGCCUGUGCGUAUUUAAACUUUCUGCUCUUCCUAGUUUAAUAAAUUCACCUGUUUGGGAUAAUCAAUUCAAUCAAUUUUUUUAUAUAGCGCCAAAUCACAACAAACAGUUGCCCCAAGGCGCUUUAUAUUG